AUGUCUUACAAGAAGAUAUCUAUAUUCCCCGACGGCAACUCGUAUGCUUACUUUGAUCAUCGCCUGGAUCGAUUGGUAAUCGCCAAUAGUGAAGGUAUUAUCAAAGUAGUCAAUGUGGAGGAUUUCGAUUCUCAGCCAAUAUCCAUCGAUUCCUUACAAAAUUUAACUUCGGUUUCGUUUCAUAAUGAUACUUUGGCAAUUACCACCACUGAAGGUAAAUUAGAGCUUAUAGAUUUAUUGAAGCAUGAAUCCCUGGGUGUGAUAUUCCGAUCUGAAUUACCGUUGCGCGAUCUAUCAUUUAUAAAUCAAGGAAAUCGAAUACUCUGUGGUGGUGAUGACAAUAAAUUGGUUAUAAUUGAUUUGCAAAAUAACAACCAGUACAAGACAAUUACAUUACCUGAUCAGUUGUUGAAUAUUGCUUAUGACCACACGGGAGAGUUGUGCAGUGUUAGUUUAUCAAAUGGUUCAGUACAAAUCUAUUCUGUAUUCAAUGAAGAAUUAAAUCUAUCACACACAUUGGACAACGUUAUUGAUAAAAAAGUAAACUUGUCCACUGACAAGAUAGACUUCAAUAAUGAGCAUAACGAUGAAUUAUAUACAUCAAAGACUCAAUGGUCAAAAGAUGGACAGUUUUUAUUGGUCCCUUCAAUAAGCAAUACCGUUCAAGUUUAUCAAAGACUGGAUUGGUCUAAAGUGAGGCAAUUUCCCAGUGAUUCCAAAAUCAUCGACUACAAAUUACUUGCUGAUAAGUUGGCAAUCUUGACCUUAAACACUUAUAAAGUAGUCAAUUUCGAUUCUGCAAGCACAGUACACGAAGAUGACUUUGAAUUGAAUGAGGAUGCCUUACCUUUGAAUAUCGAAUGGGAGAACAAAACUAGCCUAUUGAUUGGUAGUACAUAUGGAGACAUUUUGCGGUUAAAAGAAGUUGUCAAGGAUAUUGGGGGUGAUACAAACACGGCAGCAAGUUUGUUUAUGGAUGAUUUGGAAGAAAGUGAUGACGAAUUUGCCAAGAGUGAUGAUCAAACAGAAGUAAACCAACUAUUGCACCGUGAAGAAAGGGUUAAUGGCGACACCAAUGGCAAGCGUUUGUUUCUUGAUGAUGACGAAGAGGAAAACUCAAUAUUAGAUGACGAUGACAACCACACAUAUGUUAGACACUCCCACAAUGGAUUCAAAAAGCAUAAACCCACAGCGCCGGCACCAAUUAGAAGCUAUGCUCCCAUCAGCAAGAUAAUCCCGUAUUCCCCGGGAUCGACUCCAUUUGUAAACAAGGGAGAAGCUGUUGAUAGAAGAUAUUUAACCAUGAACAAUAUUGGGUACGCUUGGAUUGUGAUAAAUAAAGAUCCAGGAACCACAAACAGCAUUACGGUGUCAUUUUUUGAUCGGUCAUUAAAUAGUGAAUAUCAUUUCACCGAUUAUCAAAAGUUUGAUCUUGCUUCAUUAAAUCACAAGAGUAUUGUUUUAGGUGAGAGUAGCAAAGGAUCCAUUUUUUACAAGUCACAUAACGAUAUGGGUAAUGAGUCAUGGGAGAAAAGUAUACCAUUAAUCAAGGGAGAAGAGUAUUUAACGAGCUUGUGUAUCACCAAUGCUAAAUCCAAUGGCAACAAUAUCAUUGCCGUGGGUACUAAUUUGGGAUAUUUGCGUUUCUUUAAUGAAUAUGGAAUAUGUUUAAAUGUGAUAAAGACAGUCCCCAUAGUAUCGUUGGCUACUUCGUUUAGUGGAAUAAUGUUAAUGGUUAAUCAAGUCACAGCCAAUGUUUAUUCUUACUCGAUACUUGACGUUUAUCAAGAUUAUAAAAUAAUUCAGCAAAAUUUUCCAAUCCCAUUAAAAGAGGUUGCCAGCCACAAAAGUCAAUUAAUCAAAGGUAUCUUCUUUAAUGAAUACAAUGAUCCUUGUAUUGUUGGAGGAUACGAUGAUACAUUGCUUGUAUUACAAUCGUGGCGAGAGACGGGAAAUGCCAAAUGGGUCCCCAUAUUGAAUUUACACAACGCCAUAACUGAAUAUCAAAUGAAUGACAAUAAAUUGAAUUGGUCGUGUUGGCCAUUGGGCGUAAUUAAUGAUUCGCUUAAUUGUUUGAUUUUGAAAAAUGGCGGAUACCCGGGGUUCCCCUUACCUCUCCCAGUGGAGAUUGAUAUUGAAAUACCCAUCAAAUUGGGUCCUGGUGCAGAACCGCAGCAAAAGGAAGAAGAUGAUUGUGAAGAACAAUUCAUUCGCUCAUUAACCAUGGGUAAAUUACUAAGUGAUACUCUUGCCAACUAUGAAGAGGAACAACCAGGAGAAGAUAUAGAUCAGGAUACCAUUAUCACAAAAUUGAACCAGUACAGUACCGUGUUUGAUAAAUCAUUGUUGAAAUUGUUUGGUGAAGCUUGCAAACAACUGAAGUUAAACAAAGCAUAUAGUAUUGCCAAAUUGAUCAAGACUGAUAAGGCAUUAUUGGCCGCUAGUAAGAUUAGUGAACGGAUGGAAUUUUUAACGUUGGCUAGUAAGAUUGGACAAUUGAGAGAACAAUUGUUGGUUGAUUUGGAUGAUGAUUAG